AAAAUGGCAGAAACAAAAGAAGAAGUUAAAGCUCAACCAAAAGUGUAUUCAUAUGCAGACUUAAUCGAAUUCGAAAAUAAACAGGCAUUUAGUUCAAUAGGCAAAAUGCCUAUUUCUACAAAGCAAACCCUACCAUGUUACAGUUUCGGUUCUGCUGAACGAGCCAAUCAAGCGAAGCUUUAUCACAAUAAAGAGCUUGCCAGAAUUGAUUUUGCAGGUACUACUCAAGUUUAGUAUUCCAAGGAAAGGGAAGUCCUGGGCCUAUUUAUAAUGUCCGAGGAGGAGAUCAGUAUUAUUAUACAAAAGACGCAGAAACAAAGUUUGGAACAGACCCUCGUAACACUCUGAAUACAGGAGCCAAAUUUGAUUACUAUCAAAGGAAGGAUGUAGAUGUAAGCGAGUUUUUGCUAUAUUAAAGUUUGAACCUCAAGAAGCUGAUUUGGUAAGAAAGACCAAGGCUCCAAAUGUCAAAAUUGGGCUGGAAUCAAGAGUACUAUAUUUCUCACUAUUUUGCAGUUCCCCCCUGAAAAAAGACUCAAAGGAACCCCUGGUCCUUAAUAUGAUCCAGCCAUUAAACCCGAGGUUCCAACUCCUCCUCAGUUUUCCUUUGGGUACAGAAGAGACAUCCCAGGAGCUUCGGCAUUGGCUCCGACAUGUUCCACUCCUGUGAUCGUUGGACCAGGAGCUUAUCUACAAAAGCCUCCUGCUAAUACAAGCAACUUAGAAGAUGCUGCUCAUUGGACUAUUCCAAAAGGUCCUAAGAUAGGCAAGAUCUUUGAAGGUUGGGACAAGAAUCAAACAUACGAUACUAAAUAGUAAUCUUUAUAAGAUAAAAAGGAUUGCUGUGGGUGUGUAAGUGAAUUCUAAAAAGAAAUCAUAUCCUGCAUUCAGUGUUGGAAAAUCGACAAGAGAAGCCAAAGUGGGACAUUUUAAAUAGUUGAUGGUCAAGGUUCCUUCAAAGGUGCAUAUUCCUCAUCCUAAAAUUUGAUUAUUAAAAAUACAAAU